AUGUGUAUUUCAAACUUCCUUCCCCUCUACUAUACAUUCUUCAUUUUGCUUUACCCAUUGGGUGCUGGAGGUGAAUUAUUGACCAUGUUUGCAGCUUUACCAGAAAUUGGUGAACGCAAGCAUUUUACAAUAGAAAUGCCAAAUGUUGCCAAUUUUGCUUUUCAUUUUUAUUGGGCAGUUAUUUUGUUGGCUUUGACUUAUAUUCCGUUGUUUCCACAGUUGUAUGAGUGAGGGAAAUUUUGAAAAUUUUUUUUACGAAAGGGUCGUUUUGGUGGCAGGAAAAAUCUUUAUGGUAGCUCAACUGAGUCAUGAAUCCAAUAACUUAUGGAAGGCAUGAUCACUUCUUUAUUUUUUUUGGUAUCUUGAGAUAGAGCAUCAAAUACUCUACAUAAUACCAAAAAUCGAAAUUUUCAUUGGUUAAUAAACAGAUAUGAUCGAUAAGGUACCGAGAAAUCACAUUUUUGAAAAAGUUUUUGAUUAUAACUUUUUUAAAAUCAAUCUGGAAUAUUUUUAAUGCUCUAUCCAUUGGUACCAAGAACAUUACCGGAGUUCCAAAAUCCGCAGGUCAAAAAUUAGCGACAAAAAUUCUAUCAAUGUGUUGAACAAGGGUGCUGUGGAACAACGUUACCGAAGCCUUCUUAGAAACUAACACAACUUCCUCCGUUCUUGCAACACUCUUUCCUGUUGUCGAAACAAAUUCCCUGUCCCCGCAUCAACAUGACCCGUCGUUGGAACAACUUCGCUAGUCGACGGAUUAUCUUCCCCCGCCGUUGGAACAACUUCCCCCGUUCCUUCCCCACUUCUGAAAAAAUUAUCAGCGGUAACUUGGACGUGCGGUACCUUGGGUGUACCCGUUUCUGACCUAAUUGACAAUAAAUCGAUGCCACCAAAACGCCCUUUUAUAAUCUUAAAUUUUAAUUUUCACAUUUCUAGCUAUAUGUUUGUUCAAAGGAAAAAAGUUCUUG